AUGGCAUGUAACCCCUUGCCGUAUGAUGGGGAAAUUGACCCGAUAGCUUGUCAAAGAUGGAUUUCAAGCACCGAGGCAGUGUUUGUGAGAAGUAGAUGUGAAGUGGAGGAUCAAGUGAUGUUUGCUACGGGCCUCCUACAACUCCAAGCAAAGGAUUGGUGGGACGCACAUUCGAAGGAGUUGGGGGAUGACAAAGUACAAACGUUAACAUGGCAAGAGUUCAAGGAGCCAUUUCUGAAAUAUCACAUCCCACAAUCCGCACUUGAUAAGAUUCAAGAAGACUUCUUAUGUCUUCGACAAAAGGAUGAAACGAUUGAUGAAAUAACAAAUAAGUUCCUCGAGAAGGUGAAGUUUUGUGGGGAAAUAGCGGGGACUGAGAGGUUGAAGGGGAGAAAAAGGGUGGCGGAGAAGUCUACCAACACAAACCCAUCGAAAAAGGGAAGAUUUCAAGACCAAAACAGGAAAGGGCAAACAAGUAGUGCAAUUCCGACUUGCAAGACAUGUGGGAAGCAUCAUUCGGGUGAAUGUCUGUCGGGGAAGAAAGGAUGCUACAAAUGUGGGCAAGAGGGACAUCCGUAUUAUAGGUGCCCCGAAAAUCCAAAAGCGUGUUACAAUUGUAAGCAAACGGGGCACAUUAAAGCGGAAUGUCCGAAACUCCAACAAGAGGCAAAGAAAGAUGGAAAGAAGGAUGAGUCUUCCAAGGCUUGCGGGAGGAUGUUUCAGUUAACCUCGGAUGAAGCUAAGGCUAGCCCGGAUGUGGUUUCAGUACCUUUAGAAGUGGAAGCAGCGGAUAGCAAACGUUACCUAUUGCAUGAUGUAUGUAGAAAUUGUAAGAUCUUGAUUGAAGAUGAGGAAUUUAGCAUAGACCUUGUUCCAAUGUGUAUGGAGGAAUUUAAAGUAGUCGUGGGAAUGGAUUGGCUGGCCCAAAACCAUGCGGAGAUACAAUGUGAAAAGAAAGUUAUCCAAGUAGUAACCUCGGAGGGAAAGCGGGUAAGUAUUCAAGGGGAUAGGGUCGACGAGUCGAAAUUUUGUUCUAUUAUUGAAGCCGUCCAGUAUGUAAAGAACGGGGGGAAAGCAUAUCUGUCUUACGUGAUCGAUACCUAUCAAGUUGUACCGAAGCUAGAAGAUGUAAAAGUAGUGAAUGAAUAUCCAGAUGUAUUUCCGGAGGAUUUACCGGGGCUUCCGCCCGAACGUGAAGUGGAGUUUAAGAUAGAGCUUACCCCGGGAGCCACACCGGUAGCUAAAGCUCCUUAUCGCUUGGCCCCAACCGAAAUGAAAGAAUUGAUGACCCAACUUCAAGAACUGCUUGACAAAGAUUUUAUUCGACCAAGCGUUUCGCCAUGGGGGGCACCCGUAUUAUUCGUAAGGAAGAAAGAUGGUUCGAUGCGAAUGUGCAUCGACUAUCGGGAGUUAAACAACAGUGAAGAAUCGUUACCCCUUACCCAGAAUUGA